CCCUCCGCCCGCCCGCCGGCCCGCCCGUCAGUCAAGCCUGGCAGAGACGGUCCGAGCUGCGGUCAGCUCUUAACCUCUGGAGUGUCGUCCUCUUUCCUCCUUCCCGGUCAGCCGCGGCGGCUGCAGGGGCGACGGCACAGUCUCUUCGGAAGGCACAGCAGAGGUUGAGCGGAGAUCGCGAAGCGUUGAGCCCAGAGCGGCGGAGGAAGCGGCGGCUGGGCAGCCAACAUGGCGGCGGCGGCGGCAGCGGGCGCGGGCCCGGAGAUGGUCCGCGGGCAGGUGUUCGACGUGGGACCGCGCUACACCAAUCUCUCGUACAUCGGCGAGGGUGCCUACGGCAUGGUGUGCUCUGCUUAUGAUAACCUCAACAAAGUUCGAGUAGCUAUCAAGAAAAUCAGCCCUUUUGAGCACCAGACCUACUGCCAGAGAACCCUGAGGGAGAUAAAAAUCUUACUGCGCUUCAGACAUGAGAACAUCAUUGGAAUCAAUGAUAUUAUUCGAGCACCAACCAUCGAGCAAAUGAAAGAUGUAUAUAUAGUACAAGACCUCAUGGAAACAGAUCUUUACAAGCUCUUGAAGACACAACACCUCAGCAAUGACCACAUCUGCUAUUUUCUUUACCAGAUUCUUAGAGGGUUAAAAUACAUCCAUUCAGCUAAUGUUCUGCACCGUGACCUCAAGCCUUCCAAUCUGCUGCUCAAUACCACCUGUGAUCUCAAGAUCUGUGACUUUGGCCUGGCCCGUGUUGCAGAUCCAGAUCAUGAUCACACAGGCUUCCUGACAGAGUAUGUAGCCACACGUUGGUACAGGGCUCCAGAAAUUAUGUUGAAUUCCAAGGGCUAUACCAAGUCCAUUGAUAUUUGGUCUGUGGGAUGUAUCCUGGCAGAGAUGCUGUCCAAUAGGCCCAUUUUCCCAGGAAAGCAUUAUCUUGACCAACUGAACCAUAUUCUGGGUAUUCUUGGAUCCCCAUCACAGGAAGACCUGAAUUGUAUAAUAAAUUUAAAGGCUAGAAACUAUUUGCUCUCUCUUCCACACAAAAAUAAAGUACCAUGGAAUAGGCUGUUCCCAAAUGCUGACUCCAAAGCUCUGGAUUUACUGGACAAAAUGUUGACAUUCAACCCCCACAAGAGGAUUGAAGUUGAACAGGCUCUGGCCCACCCAUAUCUGGAGCAGUAUUAUGACCCGAGUGAUGAGCCCAUUGCUGAAGCACCAUUCAAGUUUGACAUGGAAUUGGAUGACUUGCCUAAGGAAAGGCUCAAGGAACUCAUCUUUGAAGAGACUGCUAGAUUCCAGCCAGGAUACAGAUCUUAAAUUUGUCAGGACAAGGGCUCAGAGGACUGGACGUGCUCAGACAUCGGUGUUCUUCUUCCCAGUUCUUGACCCCUGGUCCUGUCUUCAGCCCGUCUCGGCUUAUCUACUUUGACUCCUUUGAGCCGUUCGGAGGAGCGGUUUCUGGUAGUUGUGGCUAUUAUGCUUUCAAAGAAUUCCUUCAGUCCAGAGAAUCCUGGCACCCCUGUGUGUGUCAUGCACUAGUGACCUGCAGCAGUAUGUACUUUGAGUGCACCUACUGCUUACUGUUGCUUUAGUCACUAAUCGCUUUCUGGUUUGAAAGAUGCAGUGGUUCCUUCCUGUCCUGAAUCCUUGUGUCCAUGGCGCCCUGCUGACCCAUGCAGCCUCACCAGAAUAAGAGUCUUUCCCAACUAGCUCCAGUCACUGGCAUCUCACUUUACCAUAGGGAAGGCUACUACCUAGGGCACUUUAGUCAGUGACAGCCCCAAAUUUGCACUUCACAUGUUGACCGUAACUGUCUCCCCCAAGCAGGAGCUUGUGGAAAUACCUUGGAUGAUAUUGCAUUGAGCAGCAAGUGCUUCCAACAUGGGAAUCCUCUGGAAGCACUUGGCAGCAUCUUUUUCUCUAUCAUGUUAAGUCACUAACAUAAUUUAGGUAUGUGUUAUUUUCCCAGCUUUUAGAAAAUUAAGUCCUCCUCCCUCCUCCCCCCAAAUUAAAAGGAACUACUUCAGUCAGCAGUGUCAUUCAUUCUGCAGAUUUACUGCAGUUCCUUAUACUGUUAAUAGAGGUGUAACACUUGCCAAAAUACAUACAGUACUUGGUGUUUGUAAGUCUGGCCAUGCUGGACAUUUGGUAAGAAACUCAAAGGCCGCAGCACUAAGCUGCGGGAAGUUUCUGGAGGCAUAGCAAGCAAGCUGACCCUGAUGUCCAGGGUGGAGCUCCACACACCUGGUGCACAUGAGCCCCAUGCUGCUUCACACGGCGCUGUCUUACCACAUUCAAUGCCUGAGGAUUUAGCAGAGAGGAACACUGCGUCUUUAAAUGAGAAAGUAGACACUUCUUUUUCCUCCUAUAGCAUGUCAGCAUCUCAAGUUCAUUUUCAACCUACAAUAUAACGAUUUGUAAUACAGCCUUCAGGAGCUCAUGACAUGAAGCACUGUUCUGUUGAUACCGCUGAGUUAAGACCAUAAGAAAAAGCUAGCACUAAGUCAUGUUCAGAGCUCUCUCCAUAUUUUCCUGAUCUCUUUUAAGUAUUUGUUCCUGCCACUGUGUACUGUGGAGUUGACUCGGUGUUCUGUCCCAGUGCGGUGCCUCCUGACUCCCCCACUGCUCUCUGUGGUGAGAAAUUUGCCUUGUUCAAUAAUUACUGUACCCUCGCAUGACUGUUACAGCUUUCUGUGCAGAGAUGACUGUCCAAGUGCCACAUGCCUAUGAUUGAAACGAAAAAAAUCUAUUGUUACCUCUGAGUUGUGUACCACGGAAAAUGCUACCCAGCAGAUCACUUAGGAAAAAUACUUCUAUUUUUAGCUUUUCAUUUCUCAGCUGUCCUUUUUUGUUGUUAGUUGAUUUUUGACAGCAGUGGAGAGUGGGUUAUAUAAAGACUGCCUGCUAAUAUGAACAGCAAUGCACUUGUAAUUCAUGGAAAUAAAUAGUCAUCUUUAUCUUCACAUUCAUAUUAAGGUUCAGUGUUGAUUUCCUCUGAAUCAGCGUGUUUAAACAGACAGUUAGAUUCAGUUGUACGUCAAACAGAAGAGCCCAUGGGCCUCACUUUCCCACCCUGGGCACCGCCCCACACAAGUUUACAUAAUAUGGCUUUAGAAGGGUCUCCCUCCCCCCUGGCUCUGUACAGAUAAUGCUCACAUGUUCCUCUUUUCAAAUUAUAGGUGUCACAUAGUCUGUCAAGCUCUGAUGGCAAAGCCCAAACAUCACAGGUUGGAACUUCUGGUCCCUUCUCUAGAGGGCCUGCUCCUAAGUACCAGAGCUGCUGCUACCUAGGCACAGCCCUGUGCUAGGAAGGGCUGCCCAGGUUCACGUGGCACUCAGCCCAGGGUGCUGAUGCUCACCUCACGAGGCUAAGGAAGGAUGGCUGACUCAUCCUCAUAACUCAGAAUCACACCUUGAUUCUUGCCUUAGAAAAGAUGCUUCUCACUUCCAGAUGAAAGUCCAGAUGAAAGUCCAGCCAGCAUUGGUGGAUGCAGAGAUUUGACUCUUACUUGGUUCAUGGGUAAACAGUUUUCAUUUUAAAAAGAGCAUCAUUUACCAUUUCAUUGCUCUCGUUUCUUUGUACUUUUUAAUGGAAUAUUCCUAUAACUGAGAUUAAUUUACAAUCCUCUUCUAAAUAGAGAAACCACAGCCUUGACUAGUAAUAACUGGGGACUGGGAGCUCUGCCAUCCCCCUGCUGGUACUAUAGAGUCAGACUGGCAUGAAAUCAUUUGCUGCAUUCUAUAAAUCACUGUCAUUGUGUUUUGCUUACUAUCAUAAGUGUAAUUUAACUGGUCAGAGAAUUGUCAUAAUUAAGGGACCUGUGAAAACUACUAGUUGUUACAUACAGCAAAUAUGGUCAUCAUUUUGGCUCUUAUACUUUGAUAAAGACGUAGAGAUUAGGUCAUCUCUAUAAUGGCAAUACUGGACACCUCUGUUACUAAUAUGCACAGGUAAACUUUUAGAUGGAUGGCGUUUUUGAUGUCUAAAUUGUAAGCCAAAAAAAAAAAAUCCUGUUAAACAUUCCAGUUCUUUCACCUGGUAUAAAACAGAACCAAACUAAGCCAGUGGGUGGAUGUGAAAAGCCCUUGGUGGACACUGUCCUGACAUAAAGUCUCUAAGGCUGACAGAGAACCUCAGACCACUGGGCCAUCUAGGUAAAAGAUUGUGCUCUGUGUGCAGUGCACGAUGUGUGGUACGUUCACACGUGUUUCACACGCAUUCUCGCUGCUUUCACAUAUGGGCAAUGGUUGCUUUGGGGAGCUACAAGCUCUAAGGAAUCACAAAGGUAGCCACAGGCACAUAACAUUCAGAGGAGACUGUUUUAUCUUUAUUUGCUUAUGUGUUAAAACAGUUUUUUUGUAUUGGUAACUUUUAUAUAGUACAGUAGCAGUAUGUUAAUAUACACAUACAUAUGCACACAUGCUUUGGGUCCUUCCAUAAUACUUUUAUAUUUGUAAAUCAAUGUUUUGGAGCAAUCCCAAGUUUAGGGGAAAUAUUUUUGUAAAUGUAGUGGUUUUGAAAAUCUGAGCAAUCCUUUUGCUUACACAUUUUUAAAGCAUUUGCGCUUUAAAAUGGUUAUGCUGGCGUUUGAACAUGAUACCCUAUAAUGCAGAUGAAAAGCAUGUAAGAGUAAAGUAACUAUGUGGUUUCUCUUGCUAUCAUCCAACUUAACAUGAUGGAUUAGCAACAACUGGGAAUCCAGAGGAAAUUCUCUAGGAUUGUACCAGGUUUACCUAAAGCUUGUUGCCUUUUUUGUGCUGUUUAUCCGUAUAGAGCACUCCAGAAAGUUCUGAAACUGCUUUGUAUCUGCUUUGUACUGUUGGUGCCUUCUUGGUAUUGUACCCCAAAACUCUGCAUAGAUUAUUUAGUAUAAUGGUAAGUUAAAAAUAAUGUUAAAGGAAGAUUUUAUUAAAUUUCUGAAUGUUUAUUCAUUAUAUUGUUAUACUUUAACAUUUAUUUGUGGUAUCUGUGAUUUGGUUAAUCUGUAUAAAAAUUGUAAGUAGAAAGGUUUAUAUUUCAUCUUAAUUCUUUUAAUGUUGUAAACGUACUUUUUAAAAGAUGGAUUAUUUGAAUGUUUAUGGCACCUGACUUGUAAAAAAAAAAAACAUACAAAAAAAUCCUUAGAAUCAUUAAAUUGUGUCGCUGUACUACCAAAAUAA